AGAAAUACUUAAAUUAGUACUGUUCGAACGUUGCGGAACAGAAAGGGUCAUCGGCGAUUUGCCGGGCAGUUUCUCAUCUAUUCUCUAAUAUCUAUCUCCAGCGAUUUCAUUUCGUCACUGCAAAUCCACAACGAAGCUUCUCUAUUGGUUUUGGGUAUUUGGCUCUCUUACUCGUUCUAUCUCUUUCAAUAUCAAUUUUGAGCUUUUGGGCAUUUGGGACUCUUGGGGAAUUGGAGGGCUUUGUGCCAAGCUUUUCCUGGAAAAUUAGGUAUCAAACUUCAGUGGAAAAUGAGGUUUCUUUGAAGUCACCAAAUUCAUGGCUGGUGGAAGAAAUGAGAGUUUUGAUUAAAGUUCAACUAAACGUCGUAAAACCUGCCACAUUCCCAUGUUAAUGGAGACUUCGUCGACAGUGCUAGGCCCAAAAGGCCAAAUAAAGAAGCAUGAGUUUGUGAGAGUCAUAAUUCAAUCCUUGUAUUCAUUAGGCUACACAAAGUCUGCGUCGUGUUUGGAAUCAGAAUCUGGUAUUUCAUACAAAUCUGUGGAUUUUGAAUUGCUCGAAUCACAGAUACUUAGUGGGAAUUGGGAUGGUUGCACUGGUAACCUUCUUGCAAUGAAGGGUUGGAUGGGUGAGACAAGAACUUCCGCGUUGUUUCUUGCUUUCAAACAGCGUUUGCUGGAGUAUUUGAAUCGUGGGGAUGAUGCUAUGGCUUUGUCCGUUUUACGAAAAGAGGUUUCUGCAUUGAGGUUGGGCAAAGAUAAGGCUCACAAGCUUGCUCAGAGUAUCCUUUACUUGAAGGAUAUGGAGUUUGGUAAAGUAGACGAUAAUGCUGUUCAUGAAUUGCGUAAGUUGUUGUUGGUAGAGUUGGAAAAAGUUCUUCCUCCUGCAAUUAUACUGCCUGAAAGAAGGUUGGAACAUCUGGUUGAAACUGCCGUUACUGCCCAAUUUGAUUCUUGUAUGUAUCACAAUACGCUGGAUGAAGUUUCACUUUAUAAGGACCAUUGCUGUGGUAGGGACCUGAUCCCCACAGAGACUAUUCAGAUUUUGACUGAACAUAAGAAUGAAGUUUGGUUUGUACAAUUUUCUAAUAACGGGGAGUACUUAGCCUCUUCGUCAAGCGAUUGCACAGCCAUCAUAUGGCAGGUGCUGGAAGAUGGUAAGUUGAUAUUGCAGCAUACGCUGCGAAGCCAUGAAAAUCCAGUAUCUUUUGUAGCAUGGAGCCCUGAUGACUCAAUGCUGCUCACAUGUGGAAAUGGGGAAGUCCUUAAGCUAUGGGAUGUAGAAACAGGUACAUGCAAACAUACAUUUGGGGAUCGUGGCUUCAUUGUCAGCUCAUGUGCUUGGAUUCCAGACUCAAAGCGACUUGUCUGUGGCAGUUCUGACCCUGAAAAAGGCAUCUGCAUGUGGGAUUGUCAUGGGAAUGAGAUAAAAGCAUGGAGGGGGAAGAGAAUGCGCAAGAUUUUAGAUCUGGCAGUGACACCGGAUGGGAAACAUCUGAUCACCAUAUUCACGGAGAAAGAACUUCGGAUAUUAAAUUUAGCAACAAAUGCUGAGCGGGUCAUACCGGAGGAGCACAAAAUCAGCUCCCUAUCAAUCUCAGGAGAUAGCAAGUUCUUUAUAGUGAAUCUUAAUAGCGAAGAGAUUCAUAUGUGGGAUGUUGCUGGUAAAUGGGAUACACCUUUGAAGUAUACGGGCCACAAGCAACACACGUAUGUGAUACGGUCCUGCUUUGGCGGGUUGAAUAGCGUGUUCAUUGCCAGUGGUAGUGAGAAUUCUAAGGUCUACAUCUGGAAUCGGCGGCAAUCUUGGCCAAUUGAGGUUUUGUCUGGGCAUGGAAUGACUGUGAACUGUGUGAGCUGGAACCCUAGGAGGCCCCAAAUGUUGGCUUCUGCAAGUGAUGAUCAUACAAUCCGAAUAUGGGGACCAAGCCUUUCAAAGAAGAUGCAGCCUGAGAAGCUCAGUGGUUCAGACUAAAUUACUCAAUUCUUUAACAGUGUAUAUAUGGCUUGUGUUCUUUUCAAUUGCUUAUUCGUUCCUGAGUUGGUAAUAUUUUUUUUUAUUAUUAUUAUUAUUUACCCUGAAAAAUUUUGGUAUA